ACAAAAUCUCAUCGUCCACACUUGACGUGGAAAAAAGACACAGGACUUCCGUCUGUCUGGGUCUGUCAGUCGAGGUUACAAUGCAAGGAAAAUAGCUGACAACCCAGAAAGGCCAUAACCAGUGAUAUUCCUUUUUUAAAAAGUAUUUAAAAUCGUUGUUUGUAUUUAGUUACAACAAAGCAGGACGUGAUUGGUCUGGGAUAUGAAAUGUGUUCAAUGCUUCAGGAAGCCAAGACGGGACGCUAUGAUUGGACAGAGCGGCUGUCAGUUACGGUCCAGUGAACGUUAGGUAGCUCUGUCCCGCCCCGUGCACUCUGCCAGCCGCUGUAGCAGCUAACAGCACAGCAAAUGUUCCUCUGGAUGCACACAUUGAAUGAAAGUCAGUGGAGAAGGCUGUGGCCAGCUGAGGAUAUCUGCACACAGCAAAGUUAUAUACCAGUGUACAAAGCAGGCUGCUGGUGAGGCUGUUCCAGCAGCUUACACAUUGGCAGAAGGCAGGUUGGAGAUAUUUGUGGAAGGGGAAGGAGCAGGCUGUGAGAGGCAAUGCAGCGGGUCACGGCGCAGCUCGUCGCCGGGCUGCUCGCAGCGGUGCUGUCGCUGCUGUCCGAGCAGUGCUGGGCGGACGGCGGGGGCCCCAGCCUCGCUGAACGGGUUAUCUGGGCUGUAAAUGCCGGGGGCGAAGCGCACGUAGACGUGCACGGCAUUCACUUCAAAAAGGACCCGUUGGAAGGGAAAAUUGGCAAAGCAUCUGAUUAUGGGGUGCGUCUGCCAAUACUGCGCUCCAGUCCAGAGGACCAGAUUCUGUACCAGACGGAGCGCUACAAUGAAGACACUUUUGGAUAUGAUGUCCCCAUUCGAGAAGAAGGAGACUAUAUACUAGUUAUGAAGUAUGCAGAGGUUUACUUUGCUCAGUCACAGCAAAAGGUGUUUGACGUCCGUCUAAACGGCCAUAUGGUAGUUAAGGACCUGGAUAUCUUUGAGCGAGUGGGUCACAGCACAGCUCACGAUGAGAUAGUGCCCUUCUCUAUUAGACGAGGCAAGCUGAGCGUGCAAGGGGAGGUGUCCACUUUCAACGGCAAGCUCACUGUGGAGUUUGUAAAGGGUUAUUAUGACAACCCCAAGAUCUGCGCUCUCUAUGUAAUGAAGGGCACACAAGAAGAUGUACCAAAACUUCAGCCUCACCCCGGCUUGGAGAAGACUGACGACGACGACGAAGACGAGGAAGAUCGUGAAGAAGGCGAGGAAGGUGGGAAGAAAAAGGCUCCGGCAGGUUCCAAGUACAGGGUCCAGUCCGGCCCGCGAACACCAAACCCAUAUGCAGCCGACAACAGCAGCCUAAUGUUUCCCAUCCUUGUUGCGUUCGGGGUCUUCAUCCCCACACUGUUCUGCCUCUGCCGGCUGUGAGCUUGAAACCGUCGGUGGAGGAGACGUCAGGAGGAUAAGAUGGACGUGGGCCUAUGAGGAGAGAGGGGGUGGG